ACAGUUUCACAACCUGGUGAAAGUCGUGGGUGCUACUGCGGAAGACAGGUCAAGUCGAGAGAUCAGUUGUCUUGUAAUGCGGCCACAACUAGUAAAUCCCAUUGUCCCUGCGUAUUCAACAAGAGACUGUGUGAGCCGCGCAAAUGCAAAUGCCUCAACUGUGCGAACAAAACUCAGCAGGGUGAAAAAGUGGGAAAAAGUACUUCAUGUCGCUGUGGUGAGUCGAAGAAAAGCAAGUUCCAAGGAACAGAGAACUCUUCGUGUGUAGAUAUCAUUGGCAAGAGAAGGACAAAAUGUCCUUGCUACGCUAUCGGCAAGGCCUGUGAUGAUCAUUGUUCCGCUUACAGUUGCGGCAACAGUUAUGGAAAGAAAGAAGAAAGUAAAAAGGACUCUCCAUCAAGGAAAAGGAAGAUAGUUUCCAGUCCUCCUUCACUGAAAAGGACU